GGUGGGUGUGGUGGGUCAAGUACGAUGAAGCCAGAUCGUAAUCGAUCGGCAAUGAAGAGAACAAGUGAACAAGACAAGCGAAGUAAGAAAGCAGAUAAAGAAUUUAAAAUCUGGAAAAAUUUAUUAAAUUAG